AUGUCUGCCUUCCUCCGCCCCGCCCUCGCCGCGCCGCGCAUGGCCGCCCGCACCUUCAGCACGACCUCGUCGCGCGGCGUCGCCCGCAUCACCAUCGUCGGCAACCUCGCCGACACGCCCGAGCUCCAGGCCACGAGCACCGGCCGCGAGGUCCUCAAGUACGCCGUCGCCAGCAACUCGGGCCCCAAGGACAACCGCCAGACGAGCUGGUUCCGCGUCGCCAGCUUCGAGCAGCCCGGCCCCCGCCGCGACUACCUCCAGAGCCUGCCCAAGGGAUCUCUCGUCUUUGUCGAAGGCGACGCCUCCAUGAGCACCUACCAGGACGCCGAGGGCAAGACCAGGAGUUCCCUCAACAUCAUCCAGCGCAACAUUGAGGUCCUCAAGCGCCCCUCUACCGGCACCGCGCCCAGCGAGUAA